GAGAUGUUGAACUCAAUCCUGGUCCUAUAGUUACAGACAAGGAGCUUACUAUGGCAGCUGUCACACAGAUAUUUGGUUCUUCUGCUCACUGUUACAUGCUAAUAGGGACUGGAUUGAAUGUAAAUGUAUCUGAUCUGCUGCUACCAGUCAAACCACAUACCAAUCUUCAUUUGGUAUUCCAGAGGUGGUUUGAUGCUGAUAGAGAUGUCAAUUGGGAUACAUUAAUAAAACUGUGUGAUAAUUAUCCUGAUCAACUGGGCAAAGCAAAAUCUAACCUUCUGGCAUAUAUAGAAGAGAAGGUUCAUGUUGAAGAUCUAAAAAAAUUAGGUGCUUUAGACAAAUGGAUGACAACAGGGAGCGUUGAUCUAACUGUUACCCGUGUUAACAUGCUUGGUGUCCCUGGAGCUGGUAAAACCUGUGCACAGCUCCUACUAUUAGGUGAAGAUGCUCCAACUGAGGGAGUUAAUGACAGCACAGAAAUCGCUUGUCCCACAGUCCGAGCAGUAGCUGCAGAUGAUGAGAGCAAGAAAUGGAAACAAAUAACAAGAGAUGAGUUAUUGGAGGGUUUAGCAGCUGAUUUAAUUGAAGCAUCACAUGAAAAAAUAGAAGACUCAGGAACAGAUGCUGUACCAUCAGAUGGCACUGAUCAGUCACAAGCAUCAAGUGUUACAAAAGAUUCAGCGUCAUUAAAACAAAUAGAAGACGGUGUUGAUUUUUAUUCUGAGAAGGUAAUUCAAGAAAUUUUGGCAAAAGAUCCAAAAGGUAUUCAUUUAAAACGCCAUUGGUUAUAUGUUAUUGAUUCUGGUGGUCAACCAGCAUAUCAGGAGCUAUUGCCAUUGUUUACUAGAGCAGCUUCUCUUAAUAUCAUCACUCUUGAUCUUUCUAAACCUCUUGAUGAUGAGCUUGACAUGAUGUACAGGGCUGAUGGAAAAUAUUUUUUGUGCCGCUCUAAAUCAACACAGUUAGCAUCUUUCCAGUCUGCUGUUUCGACAGCAGCCAAUUUUAAAUCUCUUCAUAUUUCUUGUAUCACUAAGGCACAUCGUCAUUCAAUGCAUCUUGUUCUGGGAACACAUUAUGAUGAAAUAAAAGGAGAUACUCUAAGAACAUAUGAAGCUGAUUUGAAUUCUGCGAUAUCUUCUUUACAACCUUACCUAAAAGAUCGUAUCAUUACUACAGCAAAGGACUCUAUUAUAUUUCCUGUCAACACAGUUGCUGAGUCUAAAGAAGAAAGGGAUAAAUACAGGAAAGAAGUUUGCCAAGCAAUAUGGAUGGAUGGCUCUGAUGCUUCUGUUACAAUCAAAAUACCAAUUCAAUGGUUUGCUUUUGAGCUCUCUUUGCCUGAAGAUAAGAGUAUCAUAACUUUUAAGGAAGCAGCGUCUAUUGGGGAAAAAUACGGCAUGAAAGAGGAAGAUACCACAAAAGCGUUACAGUAUUUUCAUGACGUCAGCCUAAUGCUAUACUAUCCAGAGGCAAAGGAUAUUAAUGAUCAAGUGUUCCUUGAUCAUCUGGUGUUUCUCGAUCCUAAGCCUAUUCUUGACAUUCUUUCACAGCUAUUAGCUCUUACAUAUGAGCAUGCUGACGAUGAAAAUACAUUUGAUGAUACAAAUGAACAUGACAAUUUUUCACUACUAAAAUCUAUUCUACUAGAUCAAAAACAAGUUUCAAAAUUUGAAAGAAUCAACCUUAAAGAUGGUUUCUUUUAUGAAGAAAUUUUUAUUCGCUUAAAAUCAAAUACUAAAAUUUUUAGUCACUCUAAAUUCGAAUGCUCUCACCUAAUUUCUCUCUUGCUGCAUCUCAACAUCAUCACAAAAGUGGAAGGUAAUGAAAAGGGUCACUAUUUUAUUCCUUAUGCUCUUCCUUCAUAUCGAGGAUCUAAAGCUCUUACAGUAGAAGAGUCAGAUGCUCAAUCACUUCUUAUAGUUUGGAUGGACAAGAAUAAGUGUCUACCAGUUCCUCAAGGUCUUUUUCCUUUGGCACUGAUGUACCUCCACAAUAAAAAGGAAUUGAAAAUUGAUCUUUCUUUGUCUAGACCAGCUUCUUACUUCAAUUUUAGAGAUGCUAUGUCGAUCCAAAUUACUCUAGAGGAAAUGCCUCACACACUUCACUUCAUCAAUCGUUACACUCAUAUUGAGAUUGCUUUCACUGGCCCUAAAAAGCAUUGCUCAGAAAUUCGUAAAGCAGUCAUGAAGGCUAUUGACAAGGUUACUGAUGACCUACAUAUGGAACACAAUCAUGCCAAUGCAUUUGCCUGUCCAAAUGAUAAAAAGAAGUGUUACUGUCUCAUUGUUAAUAAAGAUAAAUUUAUAGUCAAUUAUAUACGUGGAGAUUGUCCUGGCUCAUCUCUUAUUUCUGAGUCUAAGUGCAGGUGCUGGUUUAAAUGUUCUACAGAUGCUCCACUUCAUACAACAGACAGGGCAAAAAGUACUGAAAGAGAAGAGACUGAUUCAAAAGAAACACUAAGAGAAUCAAUAGAUACCGAACAUAAUCCUGAUCCUAUAACAGACAAGGAGCGGACAGCAGUCAUGAAGAUAUUUGGUUCUUCUGAUUGCUAUUAUAUGACAAUAGGGAUUGGAUUGUGCGUGAAAACAGCUGAUUUGAUAGACAUGCAAGGCACAGCAAAUACCAAACUUCAUUUGGUAUUCCAGAGGUGGUUUGAUGCUGAUAGAGAUGUCAAUUGGGAUACAUUAAUAAAACUGUGUGAUGACUUUCCUGAUGAACUAGGCAAAGCAAAAUCUAAUCUUCUGGCAUAUAUAGGUGCUAAGGAAAAUAAGCGAAAAUUUGCAGAAACUGAUACAAGACAAUAUAAUGCCAAGAAAUUAAAAGUGGAAGAGGAAGAUGAAGACAUGCCAGAUAUCAAUUGAUGCAUGAAAUUAAGAUCUUUACAUCA